UCAAGACAACUGGGAACUCAUUAAUCUCCGACUUCAGUGCAUUCAAGACAACAGGGAACUCGUAAAAACGAACCCCGACUGGGAAAAAAAUAUUUUUCUAACGGUCAUCCAACUCGGAAUUCCAACUCGGGAACUAGGGCCUCUUUCUAUAGCUCUGACUUUCCGACCUGAAGAUCAACGACUUCAUGACUUGACCUCGUAUUUUUCCGAGUUCCCAGUUGUCUUGAAAGCACCAAUGGAUCAGAGAAACGUGCCAGUGGGUACCAGCAAGCACACCAGCACAGCGGGAUCAAGUGUUGCAAUGCAACGGGUGUCCAGGGGCGCAAACGACAUCGAUUUGGCCAGCUAGGGGAAGGCUUGCAAUCCUUAUCUGUGGUCCAUGUUACUGGUGACAGUGUGGAGGUUUUACAGCCGUUGAUGGUGACUGACUCACAUGUGGUGGUAGACAUCACAGACCUCUCCUUAUGGGGCCUGGUAUCCUCCUACUUUUCUUCCUCAGUGGAAGGACAAGUGCUGCUGUUCCACGAACCUCACUUCCGCAAGCCAACUCUGAAUGUGCAUUUACUUCCAAAGAAUGUGCUGGUCAAUGAGGUAGAAAAGCUCCAGCAGGCGUACAACUACAUUCGGAUGCCCUCCAACUGCCUGCUCACCUGUGGGGAAACAUACAAACUCUGCUGUGAUUCUACUGAGAAAAAUAAGAUACAACCUUUGACGGAAAUGUUUUGGCGUGACUACGGCCCCAACUACCACCCCACCUUCCAGGUGCUCCUUGGAUCAGACACAGAGGAUGUGGAGCUACGGCUCCUGAAGAGUGGGGGUGAGGAGGUAUGGAUGCGUGAUGUACCACUAAUAGAUACUGUGUUGAUUGGUGGGCUGGAGGUCAGUGCUGUGGAUCAGCUGCGUUUUGUGCGUCCGAAGUUUGUGGAAAAUGUGACAGAACCUACUAUUAAACGUCUCCUAGAUGGGCUGCUGCAGAAGAAAGUGGUCAAUGACGAUGAAAAAGACUCCGUGAAUGUGAUAGCUGAGAGGGCAGACAAGGCACGUGCCAUCAUCGACAUGGUGCUGAAGAAAGGAAUUAAUGCAUGUCUGAUUUUAAAAACACUUCUGUGUGAUUUCUUCUCAGACCUGUGUUUGAGCUAGAACAUUGUUGGAGUAUGAGACAGCCUGUUAAAAAUGGCCAUGACCCAGCAUGAGUGUACAAGACUAUCACUGUACUCUGUGACAAAUCUCUGUUAACAAUGUUCCUUUAGGGAAAGUAUUCAUGUUUGGAUCAUGUUUUAGAGCGUCUGCUAAAUUACGAAAAAUGUACAUGUAAAAAUGUAAAGUACAGUGUAUUGUUGGUAGUGUUUACCAAAAUGUACAAAUUGUAAAUAAUCCACAUGGAAGAUGUCAAAAUGACCACUCUCGGGGUAUAUGUGUGCGAGCCACAAAAUUCUGGUGCUAGAGAAAAAAAAAGAAGAGUGUCAACAUGCACUCGACACGUGUGUCACGCCCUGGUCAAAGUAUUUUGUGUUUAUCUUUAUGUAUUUGGUCAGGCCAGGGUGUGGCAUGGGGUUUUUGUA